GGACAUUUAAAAAAAAAAAAGAGAGAGGGAGAGAAGUCCAAUGUGUUGGUGUGUGUUCACUUGCAGUCAGCCUUCAGUCACUUAUCCUGAGAGAAAUCCUGGUGGCUAAGCUAGGUUAGCUCCCCGGCUAAGCUAACGCUUGCUGGCUGGUUGGGGUCCUGGAGCUGUUUCUCAGGCUGAGACAGCUUUAGCUGGCUCGGUUAAACCCGAACAAAGUCAUUUCGGUAUUUGACCAAACCGUGUACGGUCUUUUAAAAACGUGGCUAGCUAGCUAACGGUUAAAUUUGGAGUUGAACGGCUAAAUGGGCUUCAUUGGAGUUACGAAUCAGAGUGGACAAAGCUUGAAAUGUACUAAGGAGUUACAGGACUUGCAGCGAGACCCUCCUUCACAGUGUUCAGCAGGACCAAUGGGAGAGGACUUGUUCCACUGGCAGGCUACAAUAAUGGGUCCGGGCGACAGUCCGUAUCAGGGUGGCGUUUUCUUCCUCACCAUCCACUUCCCGACCGACUACCCCUUCAAACCACCAAAGGUUGCCUUCACGACAAAGAUCUACCACCCAAACAUUAACAGCAACGGCAGCAUCUGUCUGGACAUCCUGCGCUCACAGUGGAGCCCCGCCCUCACCGUGUCCAAAGUGUUGCUGUCCAUAUGUUCGUUAUUGUGCGACCCCAAUCCAGAUGACCCUCUAGUACCCGACAUAGCGCACAUCUACAAAUCGGACAAAGACAAGUACAACAGACUGGCCAGAGAGUGGACUCAGAAAUAUGCCAUGUAGCCGCCUCGGUCCAGACUG